AAACAUAAAAGACAAGAGGAAGAAAGAGAAAAGUGAAAGCGGUGAAUGGCAAAGAGGACAAAGAAUUUUGUGCUUUUCACAGUUUGAUCUGAUGAUGGCAGCGCCAAAAGAAAGAGCUUUUUUAGGUGUCUUCUCUCUAUCUGUCAAUCAUAACCUCUCACUCUUCAAAAAUUCAUUCUCUUCUCUUUUCGUUUUCCUUUCCCUUUUCCUUCUUUCGUGCAUUCUCUCCUCAGUUGAACUCAUGAUUUGCAGCCACAGUGAAAAACCACACUGGUUUCUCACCAUACUUCACAAGGGAAAAAGAAACAUGGGCCCCACUUAUCCCACAGCUCAUCACACCAUGUCACUUCACCGUCCUCCUGUGUCAGGGUCUCAGAAGAGAGAGAUCAAAUACCUUGCACACAAGUCACACAACUCGUGCUGGGCUUCAGAAAGACUGAAACUUUGUCCCUAAAAACUUGUGGGUAUUAAUGAUCUUUGCCUCACUGGGUCAUUACAUGAAGAUUCUCAACUUGGGUGCUCAAAAUGUUGGUCACUACUGAAGACAAGUCUCAUGUUGUUGUCGUUGACAUAGACAGUAAUGGCUGUUGUCAACGGAGCUCCGCCGCCGACGAGGGGUGUUCUGACGCCGCCGACCGGUCGCAUGAGGAGCAAAGGUCUUCCCAUGAUCCUGGCACUGAGAUAGUGGGAGUGUGUGAGAAGGAGAGAGGAUCCUCUGCUUCAGAGUGUUCGGUGGAGGUGGAUCUGGAAGAGGGUUCAGUCCCUGAAGUUAAGGUGCAUUUGGAUAAUGUGGAGAGGGAUUGUAGGAUUUGCCAUCUCAGUAUGGAUAUGACCAACCAUGAAUCUGGAACUCCCAUUGAGCUGGGAUGCUCUUGCAAGGAUGAUUUGGCUGCUGCUCACAAGCAGUGUGCAGAGGCUUGGUUCAAGAUCAAGGGCAACAAAACAUGUGAGAUCUGUGGAUCAAUUGCACACAAUGUAGCUGGAGCUAUUGAAAUUCAAAUGACAGAACAAUGGAAUGAGGGAAAUGAUAGUUCCGCGGCAGCAGCAUCUGGAGCAGCAGCACCCACAGAAACUCGAAAUUUCUGGCAGGGUCAUCGUUUUUUGAAUUUCCUGCUAGCAUGUAUGGUGUUUGCCUUUGUCAUAUCCUGGCUCUUUCACUUUAAUGUACCCUCUUGAAUUGAGGAUGAAGCAGGUUAAGAUGAUGGGGGGUUAUUAGACCCUCUUCAAUUCCUCUUAACACAGGUAUCAAACUCAAUACCUGUGUCUGCAUACUUCCUUGUAACUCUCUUUCUUUCCAUAUGUUUAUACACGUUUAUUUUUACUUUUAUUUUGCUGCAUUGUAGUUGAAAGUAUCACAUUGAUUAGAGAUAAAGUUAAUUUAUAAUAUAUAAGUGAAUGCAAACUUUAUUUUACAAA